AUGACAUUGACUGCAGUCGAUACACCGGGUCUGUUUGAUCGUCGUUCGUACACACAUGAUAUGCAGUUGGUUGACAACGAAAUCGAUAAUAUUAAGAACAUGUGUAUUCGCCAAGGUGUUACUGAAUUUCAUCUUAUAUGUUUUUGUGCAUCAUUGGAGGCUGGUAUCAAUAACCAAGAUUUACAAGCAAUUGAAAAGUUUCUCGACUAUUUUGGUUUAGAACUUGCUCAACAUUUAUGCAUGGUUAUUACUCGAUGUGAAUCAAAGAAUGAACAACAACGUGAGCUUAUACGUGCUGAAAUUGAACGUGAUACAUACUUUCAGUCAAUUACACGUCGUUUGAACAAAGGAAUUUAUUUUUCUGGAGCACUGAAAUGUGAUGAUUGGAAUCGAGCAAAUGAUGCAAUCUUACUUCAAUUCUAUAACAUUUGUGAGUAUAGAAACAAACUGAUCGAACUACUUGAAAACUCACGAACCACUUUUAAAAUGAAACCAUUGAUAAGUGAACAUAAAUCCUCAACAUCCCAUUCACGACCAUUAGUUCCAACAGCUGAUGACCAACAAUUAACACCGCAACAUUCACAUUGUCCAUAUAUUCUCAUGAAUUGUAGUCAUCGUCAACACCAAUAUAAAUCCAAUGAUAUCAUGUAUCAAAAAGAUUCUCUACUCAAAUAUGAAUCUCCGCGUUUAAUUGUUAGUCAUGAUAUUUCAGAAACAGAUGUUAAAAAAAUUUGUCGAGCGACUAUUUCUCCUUGUUUUCAACCAACAUCACUCUAUGAUACUAAUUUAAAACUUUUUGAUCCAUAUUCAGAUUUAUGUCGACCUGCAGAUAUACUUGAUUUUCUUUUUCCACCUAUUGAACAUAUUGAUAAAAAUAAUCAUAAAUAUAUCAUAUGUGUAUCACGUCAUCCAGCAACAAAAAUUGAUGUUUAUAAUUUAGAAAAAAAUCUUGAUCAUCGUUUAAAACUUUCUCAAGCUCUUGAAGUUGGUUUAUGUAAUCAUCGUCGUAAAAUCUAUAAUGAAUGUUUUGAUGAACUUGUACGACAAAUAACAAUUGAAUGUAGUGAACGUGGUAUUUUAUUAUCUCGUAUUCGUAAUACAUAUCGUCAAAUGAUGAAUGAUUAUUUAAAUAAUUAUUUAAGUGCAAAUGCAUAUGCUAUGAGAACACUUCUACUUAAUGAAGAAAUAAAAAUAAAAUUAAAUAAUCAAAUUGAUCAUUUAGAAUAUGAUAUUGAACAAAUAAAAAAACAAUUAAUUAAUGCUGAAGAUCAUUUUGAAAAUAUUUUAAAAUUAUAUUCAAGAUUUAAAUCAUCAAAUGAACAUCGAUAUCAAUCAAUUAAUAUUAUCAUACCAUUUGAAUUACAACAAUUAAGAACAACAAAUAAAUUAUUAAAACAAGAAUUAGAAAAUAUUUUAUUGAAAAAAUUAAAUAUGAAUCCAUCGGAAAAAAUAAAUAAGAAAAAUGAAGAUGAUUUAGAAAAUAUUAAAUAUGAAUAA